GAGAAUGUGAACGUGCUCGCGAGAAGGAAAAGAACUACCAACAUCCAACACCAUGGCAGAGAAGGCACAAAACCCUAUGAAGGAGCUCCGUAUCUCCAAGUUGGUGCUCAACAUCUCCUUGGGAGAAUCUGGUGAUCGUCUCACCCGUGCCGCAAAGGUUUUGGAACAACUUUCUGGUCAAACUCCCGUUUUCUCCAAGGCCCGUUACACUAUCCGUCGUUUCGGUAUCCGUCGUAACGAAAAGAUUUCCUGCCAUGUCACUGUCCGUGGUCCCAAGGCUGAGGAAAUUUUGGAACGUGGUCUUAAGGUCAAGGAGUACGAGUUGAAGCGUCGCAACUUUUCUGCCACUGGUAACUUUGGCUUCGGUAUCCAAGAACACAUUGACUUGGGUAUUAAGUACGAUCCUUCCAUUGGUAUUUACGGUAUGGACUUCUACGUCGUCAUGGACCGUCCUGGUAUGCGUGUCACUCGCCGUAAGGCCCAACGUAGCCGUAUUGGUUUCACUCACAAGAUCACUCCUGAGGAUACCAUUAACUGGUUCAAGCAAAAGUAUGAUGCUCUUGUUACUGGAAAAUAAUUUAAGUUCCUUAACUCUUUUGUAUUCUUACCUUUAUAAUGGUGGUUGGUAGCGAAUAUUCGGUAACAGUUGUGUAGUAUUUCUUUAGUAACGAUGUAAGUUCCAGGGCUUGUGAUAUACUGAUAGUGUGUAAAACAAAUUGUCG